GCCUAUUUGUUGAAGCGUGGAUGAUUUAGAAUUGAGCCCAUUCCACGGCUUCUUCAGUUUCCUCCAUUCUCGUCGAACUCGAACAAGAUUCCUCUGGUUUUCUAUCUUGAUCUUCUUCCACGAAGAAUCAAUUCAGUAAUUCCUGGGCAAGAAAUGGAAAACCCUAAUUCCAAUGGAGAAAACCAGACGUUCAGGGUCCGGAAACUGGAGAUCUCCGACAAGAGAAAGGGUUUCAUCGAGCUCCUGGGUCAACUGACGGUCACCGGAUCCGUCUCCGACGAGGAAUUCGAUAGGCGGUUCGAGGAGAUCGGGUCGUACGGAGACGACCACGCGAUCUGCGUGAUCGAAGACGAGAUGUUGGAGAAAAUCGUGGCGACAGGAAGCGUGAUGAUAGAGAAGAAGUUCGUGAGGAAGUGCGGGAAAGUUGGGCACAUCGAAGACGUGGUGGUGGAUUCGGGAUAUCGCGGGAAACAACUGGGGAAGAAAGUGAUCGAUCAUCUGAUGGAUCAUUGCCGAUCGAUGGGUUGCUACAAAGCGAUUCUCGAUUGCAGUGCUGAGAACAAGGCGUUCUACGAGAAGUGCGGGUUGAAGCAGAAGGAGAUUCAGAUGGCUAAGUACUUCGAUUGAUCUGUCCACAUUCGUGUUUUGAUCAAAGCUUCCGACUUUAUUAGGCCUUUUUUUUCGUAUGUGGAAUCAAUCGAUCUCUGAUGAACUUCUGCUGUUGUAAGGUUCCUUGAUAGAUUCUGUGAGUUAGGGAAGAUAAAACUGCAAAUCUUUGGAUUGUUACCUGUCUCAAGAUCAAUUGAAUCUCUUGCUCUUUC